GGAAAGUUCAGUCUGGUUUGGUUUCCUCUUGAAAGUUUCCUGCUAGUUUCGUCAAACGGUCGUGUUGCUCGUUUCUGUGCGUCCGUGAAAGUUGAUAAUUUGUUUUUAAGAUCUUACCAUUUUAAAGUGCUUUAACUGUGGUGAUGAUUGCGGAUCUCUGAAGUCUACUGCGUGAGGGUUUCAGCGAUGAACUGUGGUUGAGGAUUUUCUUUUCCUUGAUGAUGAGGCAGACAAGAAGAAUGGCAGUGGAUAUAAGAUCUGGAGCGCAGGAGGCGGUGAACACCUACAUUGUCUCUCUUGCUGAUUUGACCGUGAACAGUAAACCUCACAUAAACGCGCUCACCAUGCUUGCCGAAGAUUAUUUAAAUUAUGCGGAGGCCAUUGUUAAAGCAGUUGAUGAUCAUCUUCAAAAGGUUCCCAGCUCGGUGAAGCUGCCCAUCUUGUACCUCAUCGAUUCCAUCAUCAAGAAUGUUGGAAAAGUCUACAUUACCCUGUUUUCUCGCACCAUUGUACAGUCCUUCAGCACUGUUUUUGAACAAGUUGAUGAGAAGACUCGUCAACAGAUGUAUAAAUUACGUCAAACAUGGAAUGAAAUUUUUCCUGAGGAGCACUUGUAUGCUAUGGAUGUUAAAGUUAGUACUCUGGACCCCAAGUGGCCUAUCACUGCCUCUCCUGCUUCUCAGUAUGUGGCAGCUGCUCCUAAUUCACAGCAGGCACCACACAAGAUCCACAUCAACCCCAAAUUUUUCAAACCAAGCCCAGUCACAACACCUGUAGCAGAUGUACCUCCGGCUGCUGGUGGCCGAGUCAGCCCAACUUUGCCUUCGAGCAUCAAUUCCUCUGUUCCUUUGAAGCCAACAUCAACACCACAUCAAGUUAGUGCACCACCAAAGGACCAUCCAGAUGAUGAGGCAGUUUUACUUGAGCAACUAAUGCAAAGGAAGAGAAAUCUUUUACGAAUGCAGCAGGAGAAAGAGCUGUUUAAAAAGAAGAAAGCCAGCAGCAAACCACUGGAAAAGAUUUCUUCUGAUAUACUCAUUACUUCCACAAAGGAGAAAACUCCAGAUCUGCCUACAGUUUAUCCCAACAGUGAAGAAGUCCUUAUGGUUAAAGAAAUUUCAACGAAGUCACCUGAAAUUUGUGGGGCUGAAACAAGGGUUAAAGAACCAGCACUAGGUGUACUACAAAUUCCCUCAAAUGCGCCGAGAAUCGCCCCUGUUAGCUCAGCCCUAAUAAAUCUAGUUGCAAAUCAGCGAGCUCAGCGGGACCCUCGUCUCUCUAAGGUGUCGAAGGAAGAAGUUGUAAUUGUUGAAGACUCAAGUAAAUCUCAAGGGAAAGUUCGAGACCCUAGACUAACCGUCAAGGCUGAGAAAAGAUCGAGGUCAUCAGAAAAAGAUUCUACCUCUAAAAUUAGUCGCCAUCAUUCAAGGGAGAGUUCAGCUGAUAGAAGUAGUAGUAGACAUUCUAGUCGACGAGAAGAACGAGAUAAACGCUCCAGUGAUAGUAGAAAGUCUAAUAGAAAAUCUGAGGAUCGAACAGUAUCCAAAUUGAAGAAGACAAGUAGUCGCUCUCCUAGUAAAUCUUCUAGUAGCAGAUCUCCUAGUAAAGCAAGCAGUAGCCGAUCUCCACGAAAAUCGGCAAGCAGUCGGUCUCCUAGCAAAUCAAGCAAAUCCUCUGGAAAACAUGAAAGAAGAAAAGAUAGUAGCUCUAGUCCUAGAAAGUCUUACUCCGGACAUAGGCCUGUAUCUGACUUUGCUGAUUCCCCAGAAUCUGAUGUAUCAGAUUCGAAAGACAGUGGUGGUGGUACAUCUGGUCCCAACAGUUCAGACUGGGCUGUCAGCUUUACUAAAGGAUCUCAUAAAUCACGGAACUAUGUCAGAAGAAACCUUCCCGAAAAAUCUCCAGAACUUGUUGGCUCGACAGGAAGCAUCGAUGUGGACUUCCGCCUUAGCGCCGUUCAAGAGAAGCAGAUCCAACUGUCCAAUCCCACUGACAGGUUACUUCUGUCAAGCUCUUCAACGUUAUCUGCAGGUGCUCCUGAGCAAAUUUUACCAACAAUAGCAAGUCAAGAUGUUGACCUACGCUGCUUACCAUCGUCACCAGGAAAGAAACGUCGCUCUGCUGAACCUGAGGAUGGACACCCACCAACAAAAAAGAAUAAAGCUGCACAUAUGGAAAUGUUGUUUGGGAAGCAAGACGUUGAUCUCCGCCAAAUGGAUCUAGGCAAUGGUAUGGCAUCUGAUGCACCAUCACCUCCACCACCUCCAAUCAUCUCAUCACCAGAGAGGGGAGCCAUGCUAAAGGAUGUCAACCUUGGUUGGUCCAAGUUCAAACAAACACACUCUCCGUCUCCAGCAGUCGUCCGGUCUCCAGCAUUCCCACGAUCUUCAAGACACGACCGACUGGGACACUCGACUGGAGGAAGUGAGUUAGGGCUAAGAGAGGAUACAGACAUGCGCAACCCCAUGAAUGGUCUGGAGACAUCAAAACCUGAUUUUGAAGCUAUUUUGAAACAAGCUACUGAGCAGUAUAAAAAUGGAACUAUAUCUCAUGCAGAUUAUAGUCAAGUGCAGAUGAAGGUAUUUCGCAUGCACGAAACUGCAAAGAUUCGUGAAGCUCAGCGCAAUGACCAUUCUAGAAGAGACGGCUGGGAGAGAAGACCUAAAGAGAAAGAUUACCGACAUGGAUUGGGAUCGCCAGAUGGGGAGCAAUUUGGUGACAUUGAUGAAAGGUUUCCAGCUCCUGGAGUGGUCAAGAAACCCCUGCUUCCUCUUCCUGAUGUACCUCCAGUUGCCCUUCAGGAUGGUCGUCAUCCUCGUCACAUGGGACAACGUAUGCCUGGACCUAUGCAGGGGCAAGGCUACAUUCGCCCUCCUCGUUCUAUACUUGGCCCAGGCCCCAGAGGGCCUCCAAGGGGAUCCUGGCGAUAUUCUAGAGGUGGCGCUGGCUUCAAAGAUAGUACUAUUGCUCUUCCACCAGCUGACCAAUUCAUUUUAGAGAGAAUCGCCCAUGAUCCUAUGAAAACUAUUACUAUUGAUAGUAGUCCAAGAGAAAUUCGCUUUUAUGGAGAAAAUGCGGUGGCGAUGAUGAGUGCUGAUGACCCACGUGAAAUAGCUUUUGAUCCGGGUGAUGCAUCUGUUAUAAUUAAUGAUAUAAGCAUUUCUUGUUCAUUUAAUGAGCAAGCCAAGGAAGUAAUCAUCAAUGGAAAAACAUAUAGUGUGCAUUUGGGAGCACCAACUAGAGAACUUUACAUCAAUGACGAAGGUUUUGAAUGCCAGUUUAAUUGUCCGCCCAAAGAGGUCCUCCUUGCUACAGGGGAAGUUCUUGCCAUUCAGCUCCAGUCAAAUGAUGCUCCCAAAGUGCAUGUUGGAGCUCAACGCAGGGAUCUAGUUGCAGGACGGGUUAUGCUCAUAAUUGAUGCUGAAACUUAUAUUCCCAUAUUUUUAGAUGCUAAACCUCAAAGGUUUGACAUUGAUGGUGUGCCUCACGUCAUCAAAUUUGCUGAUGCUUUGGACACUGUGCUCGUCAACAACCAUCCCUUCAAUAUCAAGUUCGGUGGUCCCGCCGUGCCCAUCACUGUCAACAACAUGAGGCACUACAUGAGGCUGACUGAGCUGCCCCCCGACGUGGUGCCCGGGGAGGUUGAGAUCGUGAGCAUGAGCAGCCACUUCCGCAAGACCACGCGCGUGGCCACUGGAGCGGGAGCGCACGCGGCAGCGCCCUGGGCUGGUCCCGGCUCCGCGCCCAGCCUUGCUCCCACCCCUCAUGCCAGUAAUCCGGCCAGAAUCCCUGAAACCGACCAUGAGCCCGCACUGCCAGUGCGCGGAGGCCUAGCAGUGCUAAACCGUGGAGGUAUGCCUAAGAAGAUAAUGAAACUCAAAGGCCGCCGAGAUCCCACCGAAACUUUAAAACCAGCAAGAAUUGAAGAGAGGCAAAUGCCUGCUGAUUUGUAUCAAGCUCUCCAGCCUGCCUUGCGUGGAUUCCUACCGGGUUCUAAUAAUGCUGGCUACAAUUCCACCUCACAAGCUAUGGCAGGAGCUUAUGGCAUGCGGCAAAAUAUUGGUGCUGGCCCUGAAGCAGCUGCUGAAGUUUCCGCCUCAAAUUCCUCUACAUCUACUGCUACAUUCCCCUCAAGUGAUCCAGAAGCAACCACCAGUUCAGGUUCAAAUGGAAUUCCAUUCAUCCAAACAGAUCUAAAUAUUCACAAGUUACUUCAAAGCCUCUAUGACACUGGGCUCAUAGCCAAAAAGGAUAGUAAUGCUAUCAAGGAAGAGAAAGAUGUUAAGAAAAUCCAUGAAGUUGACUUCAAGGACUCAAAGUCUCUGAAAGUUAACCAGCCAGCAAUUAUUGACAUUUUGUACUCGGGAAUUCAGUGUAGUUCUUGUGGAACACGUUUCCCUCCAGAACAAACAGAGAAGUAUAGCGCCCAUUUAGAUUGGCACUUCCGCCAGAAUCGCCGUGACAAGGAUUCUCAAAGAAAGCCACAGAGUAGAAAAUGGUACUAUGAUGUUUCAGACUGGAUUCAGUUUGAGGAAAUUGAUGAUACUCUUGAUAAAGCACAAAACUGGUUUGACACUCAACAAACAGAGACUGCCAAGUUUGAAGAAGUUGAGGAGGAGGAGAUUCAAAGCGUGCCAUCAAAGGAUUUCCCUGAAGGCACAAUCUGUGAGCUGUGCCAUGACCGCUUUGAUCAAUUUUACAAUGAGGAUAAGGAAGAGUGGCACUUGAAGGACUGCCUGGUCGCGGAUGGGCUCCCCUACCAUCCCUUCUGCUAUAAGGAUUACAGAGUGUCAGUGGAAUCAAAGGAUGAAGAGCAAACAGAGCCUGUUGAAGAAGCUGAGUCUAAAGCAGAAGCUGUUGACAACCCCUCUGAAGAAACAGAGAAGUCUAAAGAGCCAAAUGAUGAUGUCAAGAAAAUCAAGGAAGAGAAAUCUGAUGAUGUGGAAAUGGAGGAACAGGCAAGAGAAAUCAAACAAGAGCUUGAAAAGCCUUCUGAAGAUGCCGAAUGUACAAAUGCUGUAGUAAAGCAGGAAAUUUUAGAUGAUGAACAAAGCAUCAACCCUGAAGAAGGUCUAGAUGCUAAGCCUGAUGAAAAGGGUGAGAGCUCAGGAGAAGGGAAUGAACUGAAAGAAGAAGAGCAAGUAGAAGAGACAGAAAAGCAGAGUCAGGAAGGAGAAGAGGUGGAAGGGGAUGCAGAGCAGAAGGACUCGAAGGACUCCAAUGCGGAGACGGAGGCAGAGUCAGGUGACGCAGCUGGCACAGCUGAAUCUGCAGAAGAACCGAAAACCCUAGAAGAGAAACUUUUGCACGAUCCUAUUACUGACACUACUUCUGCUGUAGUGUCUUGCUCUAUUGAUGGGAAUCUUGAACUAGCUCAGGCUCCACCCACUCUUCCAGCCAUUCCAAACCGCAUCAAAAUCAAUAUAUCAAAACCCAUUGUUAAACCCACUGAAGAAGCCAAGGAUGAGUCAGAUAGGGAGGAAGAAAAUGGUGACGCAGAGUGUCAAGGCAGCUCCCAGCAAGAUCCCUCGGAGGAGAAACCAGUUGUUUUUAAACCUAAGCUCCUAGGACGCAGACUAAAAGAACUGCCCCCUAUGCUGAAAGGCAGUGAAACAUCUGGCUUGUGUUCUCUCAUGUGAAUAUUUAAUAGCUUCAGUAUUAGAAAAAGCGUUCUUGAGUUUUGUUGCAAGAUAGUUUGUGCAAUCAUAUUUCUUUCUAUCAUGCCAAGGAUUAUGCAUUUAAACAAUUGCAUCGAAUAUUACCUUCUGACUAUGUCAGAUAGCUGGGCUUAGGUUUUGGGGAAAACCCAGUGAAAAUGGUAACCUGAUUUUUAAUUAACUUCAAACUGGUGCCAUUGAUGUUGUAUCUUUUCAUCACACAAGAUCAUUAAGAAAUUAGCACUUCUUACAACAACAUAUAUGUGAUUGCCAAUCCACCUUUUCAUGAAUCAAUUUUAUCUAACCAAUGCCACUGUUAUAAUCGGUCAUACUCUGUCAAUGUUAGAAGGAACUUUUUCCUUCAUUUUCAUUUUGUUUUAUAUAUAUGUAUCCAUUUUGGAUAUUGGUUCUAGUCGUCACAUCCUCCCGAUGUAGAUUAAUAUAUGUCAUCUUGGGAGAUAAAUGGGAAGGAUUACAUAUCCCAUUUUCGGGUAGCAGUUUAUCCUAUUGUGGGGUAGCAGUUUGACCUAAUCAUGUAUGAGGUAAUGUCCCAAUUUGGAAAUCUUUUGUGUCUUUGUCAGUUGAAUCACCAUUGUUUUAGUUUUGAUUUUUUUAAUAAUUAUUUUUUUGACUUUCUACUAUUUUAGGUUGUCAGAUAGUCUAAGUCUCAUUUGUUGGGCUACCUUGUGUCUGCACCUAUUUGUUGUUUGUUGAGCAUCAGUACGGUUAUGCUUUAAAAACUGUUUUCAAAUCCUUUUUUUCCCCCUUUUUUUUUGAUUUUUUUUUUUACUGUUGUACUCGGGUAUUUUACUUUUGGCAGUGACUUUCUUUGUAUUUUGAUUUAAAUACAAGAAGUCUAGUAUAAAGCAUGACCAUUAGGGUAUUUUUUUUUUCUUUUUUGAAAAAGAGUAAUUUUGUCACUCAAAGUUAAUAUUAUUUUGGCGCAUAAUAACCAACUUAUUGGUGUGUUUAAAAGACUGAUGGUGUUUCUUUUUAUGUCAUCCGCUAUGUGUAAUGUUUGCCAAUGAUAUAGAGGGUAGAUAAAAUACCUCAUGUUAUUUUUGUAAUUAUAUGUAUAUUUAAAAAUCUAUCUACAUUCAAGUGCCUUACACCUGUCCAUGAGUAAGCGCUCAUUUUUGGAAACCAUGUAUAAAUUGUACAAUAGCCCUCCUGUUAAUACUUUCUGUCAGUGACUUAAUGAAUUGGACUUUCGUGAACAUACUGUUUCUAAUAAAUUACACUUGUGUACAAAUGAA